UGUACGAAAUCUAAUGGUAUGUUAAUUUAAAAAAUGCCUAAAAUCCAGUUGAGUAAACAACAGACUGUUUUCUAUAAAAGAGAUGAAGCUAAGCUAUAACAUUGUGUUCUACUGAUCAGUGUUCCGGCAGGCGUGACACAAAAUGGAGGUAGUUAACGCCCUUACACAAGGCGCCAGCAUACAGAAUGCUUUGAGGGUAUUAUCAGUACUCAAUCUGACUGCCUAUCGGUACCCCGAGCAAGCUAAUAUUACAGAUGGAGCUAUAUUCGACUUCAUAGUGGUGGGCGCGGGCUCGGCGGGCUGCGUGCUGGCCAACAGGCUCACGGAGGAUCCAAAUGUGUCCGUCCUGCUGGUAGAGGCUGGCGGGGACCCUGCUGUAGAAUCCAACGUCCCGGCUCUGUAUACCUAUGGGGUUAGAUCUCACAAUGACUGGAACUAUACAACUCCUCAGUGCCCUCAAUAUAAGUGUCAUCUUAACAAUGUAGAUAACUUGCCUCGAGGGAAAACGUUAGGUGGCUCCAGCAGUAUCAACUUCCUGUAUUACGUACGUGGCGAUCCUCACAAUUAUGACACGUGGGCUAACAUCACGGAUGACGAUAGCUGGAGUUACGACAACAUUUUGCCUUACUUCAUCAAAAGUGAGAGAAUGGAAACUGCUGCUGUGUUGGAAUCUUCCACCGGCAUGUUUCAUGGUGCUGACGGUUAUUUGGGUGUCACAAAAAUACAAAAUAAUAUCACACAUAAAUACUUGGAUGCUUUUCAAGAACUUGGGUAUGAUACUGUAUUUGACACCAAUGGUAAUUACACAUUAGGAUUUGCAGAGCCCCAAUUCACUCUAGCUGAUGGUAUACGUCAAAGCACAGCGAACGCUUUUUUGUCACCAAUAAGAGACCGUCCUAAUCUUUAUGUCCUCAAGAAUCAUUUGGCAACAAAGAUCAAUUUCGAAAACCAAGUGGCUGUUAGUGUGAAUGUAAAAAAUGACGAAGGAGUAACAAUGACAUUAAAGGCAUCAAAAGAAAUAAUACUGUCAGGCGGAGCAAUCAACAGUCCUCAACUACUGAUGCUUUCAGGAAUUGGUCCGGAAGAGCACUUACAAAGUUUUGGAAUAGACGUCGUUUCUGAUCUUCCUGUGGGCCAAAACUUGCAAGAUCAUAAAUUCAUUGUUAUCUUUUUCUUAACUGGGCCUGCGCCAAUUUUCAAGCCUAUUAGUCCUUUUGUAUACCCCACUAUAGAUAUCAAUGGCUUUGUGGCAUUGGAUAAAAAUCAGUCCUACCCGGAUUAUCAAGCAACAAUAGCUAUUGGCGAUGUAGAAAAAGUACUUUCUGGAUGCGCAUUUUCUUUUGAUAGCAAUAUUUGUCAAACGUUUUACAACAAAAGUAAAGAUAGAGAAGUUAUGUUGACUAGAUUUACCCCUAUUCAGCCUAAAUCAAAAGGAGAAAUUCUUUUGAAUAGCACUGAUCCAGAUGAGCAUCCAAUUAUCUACACAGCGCCCUAUACUGAUGAAAGUGACCUAGAAGAUGUAGUAACAUUUUUGGAGGAUUACACUCGUUUGAUAAACACAACCUACUUCAAGAGUGUAGAUGCAGAGCUCUUAGAGUUAGAGACAUGUGCUAACUACACGACUGGUAGUAGAGAUUACUGGCGUUGUUACGCUCAGUGCUUGGUGAACACGGAAUUCCACCAAGUGGGCACGUGCGCCAUGGGCUCCGUGGUGGACAGCCGGCUGCGCGUGCGCGGCGUGGAGAGGCUGCUCGUGGUGGACGCCAGCGUCAUGCCCACCAUCACCAGCGGCAACACCAACGCGCCCACCAUCAUGAUCGCCGAGAAAGCCGCUGACAUGAUCAAGGAGGACAAUAAUAUUACAACAACAACAUAAUAAAACGAAAUUGCUUUGUAAUCACGGACUUUAUUAAUAAAAGACAAUAAUGACAUCAAU